AUGCCUUUGUUGGGUGCCUACAUAGAGACUUUACCACAUGUUGAGUUUUGGGGUUACAACCGCGUCGGACGUAAUACCUAUCCCAAUUUGGUGCCACUUUUUAGUGGGUUGAAUGAAACGGAGCUUGAAUCUGAAUGUUAUAGUGGCCAAUUAAACUACGAUAAAUGCGAUUUUAUCUGGAAACACUUUAAGAGUGCCGGGUACAAUACAAGCUAUGCCGAAGACACCUUUAUUGGAGGCAUAUUUAACUAUGGUAAAUGGGGAUUCAAUAAGAAACCUACCGACUUUUAUUUACGUCCUGUGAUGCUGGAAGUUGAUAAAUAUACUCGAUACAGUAUUGACGAGCAAGAGGACAUUCACUGCUCUGGAAGUCGCAAGUAUGCGGAAAUUCUAUAUGAAUUUAUUUUCAAGAUGAUACCUCAGCUAAAUAAAGGGUCUCAAUUCUCAUUCUUCUGGCAAUCUCAAGGAGUACAUGACUAUUUUGGAUAUUCUCAGUUUUUGGAUAAGGAUUAUAUGAAAUUGUUAGAUAGGUUAAGAUCCAAUCAUAUUUUAAAGAAUACUAUGCUAUUUCUUAUGUCUGACCAUGGAUUACGAUAUGGUUCUUUUCGAUCAACCUACCAAGGAAUGCUGGAAGAAUCGCAGCCCCUUUUGAUAGCUAUCUAUCCGAAAUGGCUGGAAACAACUUAUCCCAAGGCUAUAACUAAUCUUCGGAAAAAUGCUCAUAGCCUUAUCACAACAUUUGAUUUGCAUGCCACCCUCAAGGAUUUGACCAAUUUAAAUCUUCUUAAUGAUAGCCAAAUUGACCAUCGCUCUAUAUUACUUUAUGAGUUAGGACCAAAUAUGUCUCGAGGCAUAAGCCUGUUUUUACCUGUACCAGAAAGUCGGGACUGUGAAAUGGCAGGGAUUCCGUCAUCCUUCUGCCUUUGUCAGACUUUCAGCCAGAUGGAUACUACGGAUGAGAAAUCAGAGCAGGCUGCUCGUUUUGUCGUGGAGAGUAUCAACACUUGGAUAAGCAGCUACAGACAAUGUCAGAUAUUACGACUGGAAGAUGUGCUUGAGGCGUAUAUCCUUAAUCGAAAACAAAUUCGGCAAGAGCUUGAGGUUAAAGUUCGAGUGCAAACUUCUCCUGGUGCUGGUAGAUUUGAAGGUAUUGUCAGAUUUCUUAGAGAUUCUAUGGUGCUCAACGGACCUAUUCUCAGGACUAACAAAUAUGGCAAUCAAUCUUAUUGUGUGGAUGAUUAUCACAUCGAAAUGUAUUGUUUUUGUUUGUAAGGGAAGUAAGAGAGAUUACUUGAACUGUAAGUCCAUCUAUAAUAAAAAUAAACUUGACUGAAACUAUU